AUGGCCUCAUCCAAAGCCAGAUUUGCUGAUCUCCUUCGUCCUCUUCAGGAAAUGCAGCAGUCCUCGAGGCCAUUGACUCAGACCCGUUCUCCGAUGUCGUCCACGUCGUCGGCCCUCCCCGGUCGUCAAUCUCACGCUCGGACGAGCUCGCACUCGCUGCUCACAGGCGCUCUUAACGCCAACCAUAGAGUGACUCGACGCAAGUCCGUCACGAACCCGAAUGCGAACGUGAACGCGAUCGCCGCGGCCCUUCGGGAAAGUGAACGUUCCUCCUCCGCCCUGCCCAUCAACAGCGGCCGCCGAAUGUCCAAGAGCGCCGCUGCUCGAGCUGCCAUCGCCGGUAGCCUUCCCUCCCCUCCUGCCAGCCUCCCGAACCACAAGACGAUACCCGAAACGAAGCAAGAACUCAAUGGUAGCGCCAUUGAGGAUGACAUGAAUGAAGGCUCGGCUGACGAGGGAACUACCAAGUUCCAGAAGGCUCGUCAACGCCGUGCAAGCGACGGUCAGACUCUCAAGGAGAGCAAGAAGAGCAACAGGGUUGAGGUUCGCUGUGACAAGUGCGGCAAAGGCUACAAGCAUAGCAGCUGCUUGACUAAGCACUUGUUGGUUCCCCUCCUCCCAAUGACUUGCCCCAGCACAGGAAGCUUUGUCUUUAGACAAGAGCUGUGGGAACACACACCUGAGUGGGCCUUGACUUCGAAGCUGCUCAUUUCGAAGCAUCAACAAGUCCAGCUGCUUGAAGCUGCUUCGGUUCUUGUAACCAUGAACGGCAUCGACGGCAACGCUGCUACUCCUCCCGAGUCUACCAAGGACUUCCAAAGUGAGGCCGGGUCAUCCUCUCCUGCAGCCUCUGGAUACUCCGACCAUGCGGAGCGACAGAGCUCUGCCGAUACUACUCCACCUCCGCUCGCCGAAGGUGUUAGUGUUAACGGCACUUCCUACCGCAACAAGCGUUACAGCAGCAACGGCGGGUAUGCGAGAAGCUACCAGUCGGCUGCUUCUUUUGGAGCAGGCAGUGUGCCAUAUGGCUCGGGCUUUGGCCACUACCGUCAGCCAAGCAAUGACCACCACCGUCCAGGCUCUUCUGGUCGCAAUGCCACUGGAGAAGACGACCGGGAUUUGGCUGCUGCAGUUGAGCUUCUGAGCUGUAGCUUUGGUAGCAACAACGGAUCCCGUCCCGCCAUGACUCCUGCGGAUGCACCCCCUGUUCCUCCACUGCCCGCUCAGUACUUGGACCAGGCGACGUCGCUGUCAACAGCAAGCUUCAUUAACAGCUUUCCACGUCGACAGCCCGAGAGUUUUACUCGUGGUGAGAUGAGACGUCCUAGCGAAGACGUCAGAAUGGACGGCAGCGGCGAUUCGGUCAUGGACGAUGACGAUUUCGAGAUGCGUUCGCGGGGUCGAAGCGAGGAUGAUGAUGACGGUGUUUUCGGUCGUAUGGAGGAAUGA